UCAGGCUGAAGGGGGAUGAAACUGAACUCAGCCCAAUCUGGCAACCCGGAUGUGACAGGCAGUGCAAACAAACAUGGCGGCGCGCGCACAGCCCGAGCCGGAGCAGGAUUUAGAGCUGAAGGUUCAGGAAACACGACAGAGGUUUAAAGAUGACUUCGUACAGGACUCGGCGCAGAAGUACGACAGCAGAGACGUGGAGCGCCUGCUGAGAGACGACGCGCUGGUGCAGAACUACCUCACCUGGAGGCUGUUCGUGGUGGACGAUGCGCUGAAGAUGAUCGACGAGAGCUUCCAGUGGAGGAGAGAGUUUAAUGUGAACGAUCUGACCGAGAGCAGUAUUCCACGCUGGAUGUUUGAGACUGGAGCUGUUUAUCUUCACGGCUACGACAAAGAAGGCAACAAACUCUUCUGGUUCAGGGUGAAGCUUCACACUAAAGACGGUAAGACCAUUCUGGACAAGAAGAGGUACGUGGCCUUCUGGCUGGAGCGCUACGUCAAGCGCGAGCCCGGGAUGCCCCUAACCGUCGUCUUCGACAUGUCUGAGUCCGGCAUCAGCAACAUCGAUAUGGACUUUGUGAAGUACAUCAUCAACUGCUUUAAAGUUUACUACCCCAAAUCUCUGUCCAAGAUGAUCCUGUACGAGAUGCCCUGGAUUAUGAACGCUGCGUGGAAGAUCGUUAAGACGUGGCUCGGGCCAGAGGCGAUCAGCAAGCUGAAAUUCGUCUCCAAAAGCGAGGUGACGCAGUACAUCGACCCCGAGCACCUGCCGCCGCACAUGGGGGGAACGGACCAGUUUAAGUACAGCUACCCGCCGCUGCCGGACGACGACUUCCAGUCCCCCAUGUGUGAGAACGGUCCGAUCGCCAGCGAGGACGAGAGCGAGAUAAAGGACACCGAGUCGGAGUGUAAAGAGAGUCUGGACUCCAGCUUUAACAUGGAACUAACCGUCAAGACCAAAAAGGUGAAUUUUGCCGAGGAAACAGACAGAAGUGAAAGUUUGAUUCGACUCCGAGGAGCCAGGAAACCUCUGACCACUUUUAAGGGUGCUUUGCUGCAUGUCAGUCCGGCUGAGGAGCUCAGUUUCGGCUCCAGAGAAACAGAGAAAAAGUGUCUCAUCAUCCUGAACAACAUCACCAAAAAUCAAGUGGCCUUUAAGGUGCGAACAACAGCACCGGAAAAAUACCGCGUUAAGCCGAGCAGUAGCACCUGCGAGCCUGGCGCUAACGUAGACAUUUUAGUUUCAUUACAUGGAGGCUUCCAGGCAUCUCCUCAGGACCGUUUCUUGAUCAUGGCGGCCGAGAUGGAGCCAAACGCUGUCACUUCUGAUCUUUCUCAGUUCUGGAAAGAAGUAUCGAAAACUAAAAUCAUGGAGCACAGACUUCGCUGUCACGUUCUCGAGCCUCCUAAAUCUAUUCUGAACAAUUUGAACGAGAGCCUGUCCCUCAGCUCGACUAACAACGCACAUGAUCUACAAACCGCGCUAACACGUCUCAUGGUGUCCAACUCCCGCCUGGAACAGAAACUGGAGACGUGUUUAUGGGUGCAGAAGGUUCUUCUCACUAUGGUUUCAGUCCUGAUGGCUUUCAGUUUCUGCACCAUGUAUUCACUGUGGACCUCAUAGGACGGACAAAACUGAAGGAAUAAAUAAAAUACACGACCAAUAAGCUGCUGAGGAUCAGAGGAACUGUAUGACAUCAUCGGCUCAGAGCUUGUGAUGCCCGUGACCUAACUGAGCAGAGAACUUGUGUGAUCAAAACUUAAUACUUUAAUACUUACUUCUUAGUAAUGAUGUUAUUAAUGAUGUAUUUUUUAUGACUUCUCAUGAAAUGUUUAAUUUAUAACAGAUGCAGUGUAGCUUGUAUAGUAAUUAUUAAAUAUCAUCAUUUUGUGAUCCAUUGUAUAAAACAAAUCAGAAGGUUUAUAUAAAAUGAAAACAAUUUGUUAACUGCCA